UCCAGUUGGCCAUCCAGCUCACCUGGUCUGUUGGACCAGUCCCUUCCUGGACAUCAUUUUCAAUCUGACUUUCAGACUGAUCGUCUCACAGAAAGGUUGGAUCUUCUUUACAGAUUCCAGUGACGGUGUUUUGGAGCAGCCUCGAGAAAAGAAGAUGAUUGAACUGGGUCUCGCUGAAGGGUGCCUCAUCGAUGAGCUGAUGGAGUUGACGUCGCAGAGCAUCGGUCAGCUGGAAAUCCAGGAACAUUUCAACAUCAUCAAGGAGAUCGGACGGGGAAAAUAUGGCAAAGUGCUGCUGGUCACUCACCGUUUUAGGGGGACUCCAAUGGCCCUGAAAGUGAUGCCUAAAGCCUCCACUAAACUGCAGGGCUUUCUACGAGAGUACUGCAUCUCCCUACACCUGUCCUGCCACCCCUGCAUUGUGGGCCUGUUUGGCAUCGCUUUCCAGUCCAAAGAGCACUACUGCUUCGCCCAGGAGCUGGUCAUUGGGAGGGAUCUUUUUGCUGUCAUCAAGCCAAAAGUGGGAAUCCCGGAGUCGUCAGUAAAACGCUGCGUCCUCCAGAUCUCCAGUGCGCUGGAGUUCAUCCACAGCCACGGUCUGGUCCACCGGGAUGUCAAGCCUGAAAACAUCCUGCUGCUGGACUCUCACUGCCGACAGGUCAAGCUGGCAGACUUUGGCCUGGCCCAGAAAAGAGGAACCCUCAUACGCUUCAUCACAGGGACUUUACCGUACAUGGCCCCAGAACUUUGCAGGGUGGCUCUGUUGGACAAUCAGAAAGAGGUGACAGUGCCUCCUCUGAGCGUGGAGCCCAGCUUGGACACCUGGGCCUUUGCAGUGGUCAUCUUCUGCAUCCUCACCGGUUACUUCCCAUGGGAGCGUUGCAUGGACUCGGACAGCUUCUAUCAGGAGUUUGCCGACUGGUGCGAGACGAAGAAGAAAGUUUACGUGGAGGAUGACAUCCCUCCUUUGUGGAGGAGGUUCACCCCAGAGGCUAUGGAGAUGUUCAGUCUGCUUCUGGCUCCAGAUGCGUCACAGAGGAGUUCAGCAGGAACAGUGAGAGCCUACAUGGAAAGAGACUGGCUGAGAAAAGACCAUGGCAACCAGCUGCUCUAGAUAAAUCUGCAGAGUGCUCAUAUUUGGAGGCAUGUUCUGUAAAAAAAUAUGUUGAUUAAAAUCAAACCAAAAACAUGGAGGUGACAGUUUGUGUUUACUUGUGUCAUAAUUAAAAGGCAAAAAUGUUUAUUUGGUUCGAUUAAAAGAGCCAGUGUGGCAUACCAAAAGUAGACAUCAUUUAAAUAUAAAUCAUUAAAUUUUGUUUUAAAAUUUUCAUUAUUUUAGAUCAUGGAAGGUGAAGGCAGUGAUUUCCUGCCUUCAACUGUCACUUUCUACAAUAACUCUGAAGAGUUGAAUUCAUAUGAGUUACAACUAUAUUUAGUUUCCCUUUGAGAUGAAUAAAGUAUUUUUGAAUUAAAUUUGAAUUGAACUAAGUAUGUGUAUCACAGAACAACAUUUAUGAUUCAAAAGGAUGAACCAGAAACCCUUGAAAAGAAGAUUUUUUACAUAACAAUGUACAAAACAAAACAAAAAAAUACAUUUAAGAUUUUCUGAAAUACAAAUAUUUGAUCCAAAACGUUAGCAAGUAAUGUAAAAAUUGUUUCCUCAAUAGCUCAUGUAUAGCUACUGUAUCUUUACAACAUAAUAUUGAUUGAAAUUCUAAUUUCAAGACCAAGAGGUGCAGUUUUGUUGAAUGUUACGUGAAACAUGUGAUUUUACAUGGAUGCUGAUGUUGCUAGCAGUAAACUAAAAUGAGCACAAGGCAUUUUCCAGUCUUCUGACAUUUAUGGACAACUCUGAUGGACAGUAGCCUUUAGUCCUGGAGUUCUUCUGUAUUGAUUUUUUUAAAGACCCUUGAUCUUAAAAAGAUCUCUUGAGAAAGAUCACUUUUAUCGUCUGUCUGACAAAACGUGACUCUGAACUUUGGGGGCCUUUGAAAAUUUAUGACCCUCGUCGGGUCGUGGUGGGCAGGUGUGUGGCUGUUGUAAAUCCUUAUGGAGAAACAUUUUAUAAAUAAGGACACACGCACUCUCUCUCACACACACACACAUGCGCACGUGUUUAGAUUAAAGUGUUUUCAAAUACAUAUGUUGGGCUGUGGUUACUUCCUGUAUUAACUAGAACUGUGUACUUUUUUGUUGAACAGUUGCUAUUUAGUGAUGUAAUAAAAGCAUCAGUUUUUAUGUGUGGUUGUUCAUGAAAAACAUUUAUGUUCUUUAUUUUAAGAAGGAAGUUGAAGAACAUUCUUGCUGUAUUUUUGUAUUAAAGAACAACAUGUUCUUUAGAAUAUUAUUAGUUCAGCAUAUUUCUGUUUCUCAAGUGAAUGUAACAGUAAAUCUAAGUCAUUAAUGAGAACUCUUGAUGUCUUUUUGCAAACUUUAGACAGGACUUCAUAUGACGUCUCAAUAUUUGUUUUCAACUUGCCAUUCUUCAGUGAAGCUCAGUCUGAUUGAAUGGAUCACUAAAUGCUGUGCUGUCACCAUUCUGUCAAGUCACAGUUCUUCAUUCAAAUCCAUCCUGCUUCUUGGUGUCUUUUCUCAUUAAUGCUCUUUUUGCCCAACCUGUCAGGUUAAGUAAGGCAGAAUGUUGUGCUUGCUAAUCUUGUUUUCAUGUUAGACUUGUUUCCCUUUCUCUCUAGUUCAGCUCUCAGCAUGUUAUCUUUAAUUUAGUGUUAAAUAUUCCCCUCAUUAGACUCAGCUCGUUCCCAUGUCAUUGAUCACUACUUUUCUGUGUUUAAGCUCUUUGGCCAAUUUGUGAAAGAACUUUAAUUGUCUUAAUUUGUUCCAUCAUUAAAUCUCUUCACCUCUC